AUGGGCCAGACAAAACACAACAGUGAGUGGAUUUUGCUUAUAAGUGUGUUAACAGACCAGCUGGAGGCUCAGCGAGAGAAGAUUAGAGAUUUGGAGUCUUGUGUCCAAGAGCACAGAGAGAAGUUGAAUGCCACAGAAGAAAUGCUGCCGCAGGCUUGUGCGGAAGCCAGGAACAGGGAACUUCUGAACAGGACUUGUUUAAGUACUGACAGACUGGAUCUGCUGGCUGAAGUUUGUGACAUGUUAAAAGUGAUGGCUAUGGAGAAGGUCAAAUUGGAUCAUGAAGACAAGUCUAGAGACACAGAGAGGCUAAAUCAGGAGGUCAAUGAUUUGAGGUUAAAUGUCAGUGAAAUGGACAGUGAAAGAACUGAGUAUGACAAAAAGCUUCAAUCAACCAAACAUGAACUGGCAUCUUCAAAAGAGCAACUGGAAGAAAAGGAAUCUGAAAUAAAAAGGCUACCAAAAAAAUUUGUUUGCAAGAUGAAAAGAAAAGAGAUUGAAAUUCUCGAUAGAGGUAAGAAUGUAUGUUUAACAUUUGUUAUCUUGUUAAAAUCCUCCAAAAUCUGUAAAGAAACUGAUGUUAGUCAAUGUGUAAUUUUAGCAUCAAAGAGAGAGUACCAUAAAACAGCUAGGCCCAGGACUGCAGGGGAUUCUCCAUAA